AGCACACAGUCAGGAAAUGUGUAAGACAAGAGCUGAGAAACAUUUUCCCUCGCUGUUCACAUGAGGCUGUUUCAACUGGAGAGCCUGCAACACAACUUUAACAUCAUGAACUCAGCCAGAGAUCACCUCAAAGGAUCUCAGCUGCAGCUGCCCAGGCGUCUGCGAGGAGCUUAAAUGUGCAUGUUAGACACAAGCUGAAGAUGCAGGGUGCCAUUGCACGAGUGUGUAUGGUGGUGGCCGCUGCCAUAUUAAACCACCCGCUGCUCUUUCCCCAAGAGAACACCACAAUCCCGGAGCAGGAUGAGGUGCUGAUGGCUCGCAUGCGGGAGCACGAGGAGAGGCUGGAAUUGGAGCAGGCCAGGCUGGAGAAAGAGCUCGCACAGCUGGACACGAAGCAGGAAGAAACCAGCUCGGAGGACGGUUACAGUUGGUACUUUUGGAGCACUUUGUCUUUCAUCAUAUUCUUCACUAUCGAGAUAUACAGGGUGGAUCCUUCUGACGCAGAAAUCCGGCCAGUUGAGGAUGAAGACGUGUUUUCAGAGAGCGGAUCCGUCACCCCCAGGACGAUGGUGCUGGAUAAGCAUGUCCUGAGCAACUUCUGUGACAAAUGCACCUACACUUCAGCCCAUGAAAACUGGAGGGUGAGGGAGUUUGUCGAGGGUUUUGCGGAUGACUUGCUGGAGUCGCUCCGGAGCGUAUGUGACAGAGAGGCAGACAUGGAAGUCGGGGAUUUUGUCGGGAUUGGAAGCAUGUUUGAAUCCUGGAAGGUGUGCAAGCCACUGACAUGCGACCUUAUGGUGCCUUUCUCGCCUCCAGAUCCGUACUCCUUCCAGUUCCACCUGUGGUGCAGUCCCUCCAGUGACAUUCCUCCAGACAUGCAGGGCUGCGGCAAGAUAAAGGUGACCAGGUUUGGGGAGAACGAGGAGGGCUGUCUUUGUGGCUCCGCUAACCUGGGAGAGGACAUGCUGUGUCUGUUGCAUAGCAGGGAUGACACCCCUAAAGUGGACCUCAGUCCUGAUGAACUGCUAUGCUCCAGGAACACACGUUUCUUAGCCAAAGAUCAAGUCAUGAAGUGGUUUCAGAUCUCUGUAACCAAAGCGUGGGGACGUAUCUCUCACAAAUACGACUUUGAGGUCACUUUUCGCAAUCUUGAUGCAGCCGGUGCUUUGAAGAUCCGAUUCCGUUCAGGGAAAGUCAUUGUAAUGAACAUUGUACCUGUGGUUCAGCUGGAGGAUACAGAUGCUUAUUUUGUCUCACACUUCCCAUCAGACUGUGACAGCUCCCCUGACCCAUACUGGCCCCUCUCUUUUGCCGUCUACGAGAGGAAUUUGCUGAAACACUUUGCCAAACGCCUACCGCAAAAUUCCUGUCAUUUGCACUGCCUUCAGAUUGUUACUUUCCUACACAGAAAGCAGACAGGGCUCACAGGGAAAACUGCCCUUACUAAUUAUCAUUUAAAGACUGCUCUGUUGCACUUGUUGCUGAGUAAAAGGCCCUCUGCGUGGGGCAUCGAGAGUAUGGAGCACAGGCUGCGGGAUGUGCUCAGCUUCUUGCGGAGGAGCCUACAGGAAAAGAGACUUCAUCACGUUCUGGUUGGGAACAGUAAAGUUCCAGAGGUCGUGCAGGUUCCGGAGAUCAUUCGCAAAGCGGAGCCCAUCAAUCUGUUCCGGUCUCUGGUGCUGCAGAGGGAGCUUCACGCUGCAACAGUCAGGCAUUUUCACGAGAUGUUGAGAAAUGCACCUGUGCUCAUACAAGAGUACACACCUCACUUAUCAAACGGAGGUUUACACCACAGCUUCGACGACAGUUUGUGAGCUUUGGCUAUGUUGCUUAUCAUGGCUAAAGCACUAGCAGAUCUUAAAGUACCAUUCAGUGUUACUAAGAAUAGUGUAAGUAAUAGUUGCACCAGAUACACAAGUACUCAAACGAAAAGGUGCAGUUAUUUUAGUUACGGCUGAUAUCUUGACAUGUAGUGGUUUAUGCUGCAGCUGCUUUCUUCAGUGUAAGGGACUCCAACAAUAGAAUAACAGAAUGUUAACACUGGGCUCUGUUGUUCGGAAAAUCUAGUUGCAAAAUGUUUCCUACCAGAUUUGAUGGGUUUAUAGUUUACCAAUGCAGGAGGUAUUUGAAAUUCAGUCUGUAGGACUCCUUCUGAAGCUUGCAAGUCAUAUUGCUUGUUUUAUAGAUGUAACCUGGCGGAGAGAUUUUCAAUAGGUAUUCCUCUGCCUUUUAAAAAAGGAGCAACAUGUAGUUAAAUUAAUGAUGAUCAUUUUAGAAAUGCAAUUAACCAUUUAUAUGAAAAAAAAACAGCACUUUUGUCAGUUGGGGAAAUAUUUUAACAGAAAUACCUCUCAUACUAUACCGGUAUAAACAGGAAAUAAUAGAGUGGUGCAGGUAUGACACUUUUUAGCGUCGCCCUGGUUUUGCUCAACAAAAAGCCAAUGCAAUUUCACCACUGGAUUUUGGAUUAUUGCAGAAAGUAAGCUCUAUGGCAACCAAAAGUUGCUUACACCUUUGGUUCAGCAAUAUCAUCUUCACAAAUGAACACCAGUUUUUUAAUUUAAAGCAUAAUGCAAUCACCCGAAGUGAAAAGCAAACGUUAGACUAUGAACAAACUGAACCACGAUCACAGGACCUCAAUGUCACCAUCACCACGAGGUUGUAAAGCUGUGUUCGGGGCAAUGACAAGGGCUGACCUGCAUGCUUCCAAGCUUCAAUCGUGCCAUAGUAGUCAACAUCUAAAUCAAUAUUUGAGUGCUUCGACAUUUGUUUUUCUUCACUGCUAAAAUGGUGGAGCAAAUUGAAAGGAGGUGGCAAGUGUUGGAGAGAAAUGAGGCCAAUGUUCUCGGCGCAGUUAUCAACCCCUGCUUUGAGCAUUAAAUUGGAAGCCCAGUGAGGAAAAGGAACAAGUGAGACAAAUUGCAGAUGGUUAUCUGAAGCCGCCAACUGCAGUGAAGCACUUGAUUUGUAUCUAGUGAUGUGGCCCGACCUGCAGCAUUCCAGGUUAUUUAUAACUUAAAAAAACAUUUGUUGCAAUAGUCCACCUUCCACCUUCUCUUCCCUUUCUCUGUCACACACAUGCAACGGCUAAUAUGUUGUUUAGCAUACAUGAAUAUAAUGGAUUAAAGUCAUUGAUUUCGAGAUGAGUGAACCGGAUGUACAAAAAUGCAAACUCAUUUCCGGACUUUCUGACUCAUUCCUGCACCACUCUGUUUACCAAACAGUAUAGCAAUGUGUUUAUUUUCAUUCAUACUGUUGCAUAUCUGAUGGCAGCUAUAACACUUUGUAAUGUUCAGUGUUUUUUUUUCUU